AUGUCAGUAAGCUCUUCAGUUGAGCUCGAAAUCAACUGUUUUGAGCUCUUUUUUAUUUUUUUCUACCGUAUGCAGUAUAUUGUGUAUAUUUUUCCCCUAAGCUUAUCUAAGUCAUCUUAUAGGAAGUUAAGGUCUAUUACAUGAUUCAAAGCCGAACUUGUCAUCAAAAGGACCAGAAUUUUCUGGAAUUUCAAUGACACAUUCGACUUUGAUAUCCUAAAUCUUCAAAAAACCCCAAAAAAUCCCAAAAAUCCCCACUGAACUUACCCGAAGACCGUUCCCCAGCGCCAACCACCGGGACGGCGGCGGUGGAAGGCGCUGGGGCCAUCGUCUGGGAGACGGAGUCGGACUCGCUGGAAGCGUUGAUGGAAUUGUUCAUCUUGGGAUGGAUGAUGGCUUAACCAGGAUUAAAAAAUCAACCGGUGAAUGAGCAAAAUGCCAACAAAAUUUUGGUGAAUUUCGAAUAUGUAAAUUUCGAAUUUUUAUGCAAAUUCGUGGGAAAAUUUGACUUUUUUUCGAAUUUUCGCCCAAUUUUUUGAAAAGUUUCUUGCCACGUGCUGCGGUUUCGUGCGUUUUGCUCGAAUUUCGAGGGUAUCAGGGCGAGUACGGACAAGGUUUCAGGAUUAUAUUGGACGUUUCGGGUGAUUUUUUGACAAUUUUUUCGACUUUUUUAGCUUUAUUGUAUUUUUUGGAUGUAUGUGGAAUUUUAGAUUUUUCAUCGACGCACUCAGUUUUCCAAGGGCCUUCAUGCAUCGGAAGAACGGCCGGAAACCCUCAGGCUUUGAAGACGACAGUUGGUCUGAAGCGCCGCAGAAAUGAGUUGAUGGGAAAAAUGGCAAAAGUAAGUUGUGUUUUGACAUGGGAAGUACUCCAAGUGCGACGCUCAGUUUUUCUUUAAAUUUUGCACACACGUCUAGUAUGGACUAAAUAUCAAUUCCUGAAAGUUUUAGCUCGCGCUUUGCGGGCGCCGCCGAGAUAUCGAACGAUUUCUGCCGCCGAGGGAGCACGUUAAACGUGGAGAGCGGUCAGAGAGAAAAACGCUUCUUGGCCAUAACUUUGGAAGUUUCGUGCAGAAAAAUUUGAUUUUUUGUAGAAACAUUAUUCUUUACGGUAGAAAUAGCCAUGAAACUUUUCGUGCCAAAAUUCGGAAAAAAGUCCUAAAUUUUGGCCGACUUUCGAUCUAAAAAUCUCGGUUGUUUCUGCAAAGUGCGAGCUAGGAUUCUCGCAUAUAUCUUAGAAAAAAAUAUUCUAAAUCUGUGCCAAGUUUCAUCAAAAUCUGAGCGUCGCAUUUGGAGUACUUCCCCUGUGAGCUUUUUGGAUUGUUUGGAUUUUAGGCUGUAGCACCGGAGAACUCCGUAUACUUAAAUGAGAGGCAUGUGGUGGCUGAAGCCUUGUUGGGAGCAACUAGAAUCGGCAAUACUUUGAUCCCAGCGGUGAGAAAAUUGGCAGAUCGAUGGUGCACUGGAUGGGCGUUGAUUAACUGGAGACUGAUUCAAAGGUAGGUGUAUUUUAGAAGAUUGUUGCUGAUUUAGAGGUAUGGUUCUUAAUUGGUGUUAUGCUGAGAAUUUUUAUAACAUUUUCGGGAUAAAUUCGAAUUCCUUUGAAGAUUUACUAUAGGUGGAACCAGAGAUUGCCACGGCUCCGGAGCCGGCUCUUGGCUCCAAGCCGGUAGCUAGAGCCGGAGCCGGAAUUUUGAUGUGGCAUUCUUUCGUUGGAACCUAUGUUAGAGAAAGUCUACGGUAUAGAGAGGGUGUUUCACCCUUUAGAAUUCAUUUUUCUUCGAAUAUUUUGAUUCAUUUUUGUUCUAACGUUGUCAUGAUUACUAUAACAGUCUCAUUUAGGCCUCCUACGACGAGAAAUCAUUGCCGGACGCAUACUGCAUUGGAAAGAACGGUGCUCUCCACAAUUCCAGCAAUUUGGACUGUAUCCGAUCGAGUCUUUAAUUGUGGGGACGAUAAAUUGCUGAUUUUGUAGUAGGCAGAAGUUGAUGACUGACUGGUAACUCCGAUCACUACCGGCAAGACGAAAGAGCCCCUCAAUUUAGCCUUCACGGCUUGUCAACUGGACCAGAACAACCGAUGUUAUCAAAGAGUUCGCAAUUUUACUAUGGGUAUAUUAUAAAUGAUAAGAAUACAGUAUUUUUUAUGUAAUUUUGAUGAAUUUUGUUGAUUUAUUAGAAAAGAAAAGGCUUAUUUUACUCUUGAUUGGAUGUAACUAACAGGGGAAGUACCCCAAGUGCGACGCUCAGAUUUUGAUGAAACUUGGCACAAAUUUAGAAUAAUUUUUUCUAAGAUAUAUGCGAGAAUCCUAGCUCGCGCUUUGCAGAAACAACCGAGAUUUUUAGAUCGAAAGUCGGUGAAAAAUUAGGACUUUUUGCCGAAUUUCAGCACGAAAAGUUUCAUGCCUAUUUCAACCGUAAAGAAUAAUGUUUCUACAAAAAAUCAAAUUUUUCCGCACGAAACUGCCAAAGUUAUGGCCAAAAAGCGGUUUUCUCUCUGACCGCUCUCUACGUUGAGCGUGCUCUCUCGGCGGCAAAAAUCGUUCAAUAUCUCGGCGGCGCCCGCAAAGCGCGAGCUAAAACUUUCAGGAAUUGAUAUUUAGUCCAUACCCGAUGUGUGUGCAAAAUUUAAAGAAAAUCUGAGCGUCACACUUGAAGUACUUCCCCUGUAAGUCCACAUUCGAAGAACCCGCGUACAUUUGCCUCUGGCACUUCUUUUGUGAACCGGGAAUACAGAAAACAUUCCGCUUGAGUCUUGCCAUUGGAGACAAAGUUUUCGACACCUUUUUGGACCAAGUAUCAGUUUUUGAAACCGUUAAUACCACAGUUACGUAAUCCUGCAGUUACUAGCUGAUUUUUUAGGUACAGUGUGAGACUUGACCCAAGCGAGAAAGAGUUGACAUAAAUAAAACAUUUUUUUUUGUUUUUGCAAAAAUUUUCAGAAUUUAUUCGUGUUUCGUAGAUUCGUGGUUUUUUUGGUGCUUUGUCGUAUUUUAGAAUCAAAAAUGAGAUUUUUUAUCAAUCUUUCUUUUAAAAUAUUACCUUAUUUUAGAAUUUUUGAAUCCCUAUGAUAACAUAAUUAUCUAUAAAUCGGAUUAGCUGUAAUAGCAAGCUUGAAGCUCCUACUUUGAUCUGCUAACAGUCUCUUUUUUCAGAAUGCCCACAAUUGUCCUGCCGGGCGAUGUUAUUUCAGCCCCUUGGCUAGGUCAAAAGAAGAAGAAAAUCCUCGGAAAUGGACUAGUUUGCGCGCCAGAUGGCACGAUACGAUCGAAUGUAGCCGGGAUCCUCCAUGAAACAGAGUCUUCGGUCUAUGUCGAAUCAAAUGAAACGCGAUAUCUUCCCAAGUCGGGCGAUCUUGUACUCGGCACGGUAAUUGGACAGAGUGGAGAUUUCUUUCGAGUAGAUGUGGGAGGUCCUCAAGCGGCAUUGCUGAGUUUCCUCAGCUUUGAAGGUAAUACCUUAUUUUGUUUUUUUUCAAUUUUAGUGUGUUUGAAAAAGAAGGAAACCAGGAACUGGUAAGAGGGGACCAAGGUGAAUUUGUGGACUAAAAAGUCCAACGUGAAAUUUUGCUAAACUUAUUGAAGAUUGAUGGAAAGGAAGAGUAGAGACUAUGUGAGCUCUCUACUUCCACAAUGUUUUUGUCGCAUUUUGCAAGAAUUUCCGAGGUUUUUGAGUCGAUACAUCAAAAAAAAUCCAUUUUUCGAUUUUUCGUUAAAGAAAUCAUUGAAUUCUUGAUAAAAAUAGCUACCAUAAGUAGCAUUUGCUCCGGUUACAGUUGAAUCGCAUCAUGAGAACCCAUUUUAACCCUUCUAAUUGACAUUUUUUGACCAAAAUCACCUAAAAUCAGGUCCUUUCUACCAGAAAAACUUCCGGGUCUCUCAUGAUUGCGAGAUGCCAAGGUCUUUCUCAAAUUGCGUUUUGAAGACCUCUUCUUGUUUCAGGAGCCACAAAAAGGAACCGUCCCCAACUCCGAGUGGGUUCUUUGGUCUAUGGUCAAAUUGUGAUGGCCUCCAAAAAUGUGGAGCCCGAGCUCUCCUGUGUGGACAAUGAUGGUCGCGCCGAAGGCAUGGGGAUCAUGAAGGAGCCCGGUCUCGUCGUCCAACUCCCUUUAAGUUAUGCCCGCAGGCUAUUAAGGCCGGACGAUCGGCUUUUGAAAUUGAUUGGGGCCAAAUUCAAAUGCGAAUUAGUGAUUGGAAUGAAUGGACAAGUCAUGUGAGUAAAAAGUUGUACAAAUUGAAUAUAAUGGCAGAUUUUAGGAUCAUCGGCACCCCUCAAACAGUCUCCGCCAUCCAUCAGAUCCUGGAAAAAUGCGAAGAAACGUUUGAAUCAAACUACGAUAAGCUCGUUGAAUCUGUCUCCUCAGGGCAGAAAAUGGAAGAAGAUUGA